AUGAGCGCAGCAGGCGGAUGGAUCAACUUCACCGCUGCCGUCUCCCUGAUCUUCUCCGUCUUCUUCUUCAUCAUCUUUGCCUUCAACUUCAUCCACCGACUGCCCGGACCCUGGGUCCUCAUUGUAAGUCUUUGCCUCUGUCGCUUUCAUUUGAACUGUGCUGCGUCAUGCUAAAAAGGGACAUCCUCUCCGCUUAAACAUGAAGUUCUUCUUAUGCCGGAGGACAUUUUGUUUAGAUUGUUUUCCAGUCGAGUCUACCAUUCCAACUGCUUGUUACCUAUUCAAUUCCUGAGAGAGGGUUUCGCAUGCUGCUGCUUCUAACAUGUUUUAAAGGAUAUUUAAGAUGAGUCAGGAAUUACUUCUUGAUAGUGCGAACUACUGCGUUUCCAACCCACAAAGCCAGUCUUCUGGCCCUGAGAAAAACGUGAGGGGGUUCGUGUCUCCACAGUCGUCACCAUUUGAGCAAAACAAUUUCUACGUACUUGUACCAUAGACUAAGAACUUUAUUCCAUAGAUGCCAGACUGUUCCAUAUCAAACUAAAGCCCCCUGUUGCUAGAAGAAGUAGAACAUUAACAAAGAUAAGGGAGGCUAGGAUAGGCAUUUUUUGAUUUUCGGCCGCGUUAACCAGUCGUACCCAAUCUCGUGCCUGGAUGACCGAGGACUCGAAUCGGGGUUCUUUGGUCAUUGAUCCAUGGGUCCGUCGUCCCGUCACCUGCGAUCUGGAAUAUUAACUACUGUUUGAAGUCCAUCACUGACCAGCUUACGGGACAUACCAGUUCGGUUGCGUCUUUGGACGGUCGCACAACGACCAGUUAUGUGUGUAUUGACAAAGACAACGGAGAGGAGGGUGGUCGUUCCUGACGUAUUAGCCGUCGUCAGCCAGCCGUACACAACCCCAGCACCGGAUGACCUAGAAUUCGAGCCCAGAAUGUUUGCCCAUUAAACUUCAAGUCCAACGCGCUUAUGCUAGACUGAUUGGAACAUCACUUUCUCCUCCCGGAUACAUUUGCUCGGCUACAUUUGAAGCUACCUUGAGCGCUCAUGUUCUCUAGCCCAGUAGCUUGGUAAGCACACUUGAUGUGCGGUCAGUGCUAGAAUAUGCUGCUGGCUCUAGACUCCGGAGUUUUAUGAAACCUGAACUUCAGCGGAUUCUCUAACUGGCCUGGCAGUUUUGCACCGACUUUGUGGGACUACUAUGUCUCUGAUUCCGAAGUCCUUCAUUUCUUUCCGAUAUACCUACAACCACCGACUUGUGAAUUGGAAAUUUUCUUCCCUUUUAGACCUCCAAGGCACCGUUUAAUUUUGUUUAGACUUCAAAGUCACGUGUCGACGGUAUUCACUUUUGCGGCCUCAUUUCUGGACGGGCUAAGGGCGUUGCAUUUUACUCGAGCACUCCCGUCAAGUGUCCUCCCAGAUGGUUGCCCGGCGACGAGUUGCCAACAAAUGAGCAGUAUUAGGAAAAGUGUAAGAAAAAGCGGAACGCCCAUGCUUUGCCCUGUCAACUCAGUGAACACAGCCUACCUGUGGUGCCGGACGGCUGGUAGAGCGCUAGUCCAUAUCGUAGCCACUAGGGGACGCAGUUCAAUGCGGCGACCGGGAUGAGCUGAGAUCUUCCACGGUAGGCCAAUAGGGUAUGGCUGAUUGUUUCAAUCGUCUGCUCUACGCUAUACUCAAAGAUGUCCGUCGACGCGUCGUAUCAUAGUUCUGUACUUACGCUGACCGUCAUUGUUACGAUCCUUUUGCUUGGCUGGAGACCCCUUAUGAACGGCGGUAGAUUAGGUGUAUGCCACUGUAGUUGUUGGACGGGAAAUUCUUUAUUUCGCGCUGUACGUCCUCAGACAGUAGUCCUUCGGUAGUCCAAACCCUGAUUAAGCCAUAGUGCGCUGGAGAAAGAUUGCAGGGCGACUUGGUGGAUGGAUGGCCUCUUAUAAGCGCACGGAAAGGCGAAUUUCAGGCAGCUGUUGAAAAAUAGGGGCCUCGGUCUCUGGGACAUGGAUUUCUUUUACCGUACGUUUCGGAUCAACUCAUCAACGCAGCAUAGGGCGCUGCAAUCCAAAGAAAUGCCGAUCGUCCCUGCUCCACUACACAUCUUCUACAAUUACCAGCUUCCGCAUUUAUCGCGGAGGUGUGUGUAUGGUGCAAUAACGGCCUGGCGACCCACAUUCAAACCAUCAAAGACCACGUUUUUCGCGCCGGCGCUUGUAUCUAACCUGACGAUUGCGGAGAAGUCGGAUCCCCCAUUGCUGUCAGGGGAGUUAGUGUUUACCCACACAGCCGAGCGCUGGAUACGGAAAGGAGAGACAAUUGCGUCUUUUGAUGUACUACAGGCCACAAUAAACCCUAGCAUACGUCGCUCGUGUUUCACGCAGUUGGCACCUCUCGCAUGAACUUUGGCCUUUUCGAACUUGAAGGUGUGGCCGGGUUCCGUCAAGUGAUCCGCGACUUGAGAGCUGGCGUCAUUUAUCAACGCUGACGACAUUGCCUUGCAGGCAAACACGAAAGACCAAACGACAGUCCGACAAUCGCAAUCGACGACAUCCUCUGCGUGCCCCACGGAGUUGGCGCAGCGCACGCGAAUUGCGCGCGAACUAGUUGCAGACUUGCGCGUCAUUUACCGCAUUCUGCCCCACUAGCCAUGUCCUGAUGGCAAGGCACAGCCAAGACGACCGGGGUUGUCGCAGUCGCAGUGACCACCACAGUUAGUCAGUCCCAAACGCAUAGAGUUCUUUUGGGUCAACCGUUACUUUUAAGAAGUUACGCAGGCGACUGAUGAUUCAAACCCACCACUUCAAUCCAAAGCUUAUCUAGUAAUUGAGGUAACGCUCGGUCACUGACCCCCAGCCCACAACAUAAUGGUUGCGAUCAAGAAUUACACAAGGUCAUUAGGUUCUGAACGGUAACGGUCGUUCAAUUUCUGCAUGAACAGGCAACGAGUAAUCGACAGCGGAUACUUUCGAAGGUAAUGGCUCUUGGAAUGACCGUUUCUGGUUUAUGUUCUGUCAUCUAGACCGCGAGAAUCUGAUGUCUAACCCUGGUUCGACUGGUCAUUUAGCAAAUGACCAUUUCCAUCUCGCAGUGUCAGGAUCAGCAAACGGCGAUCGCUGAAUCCAUGUACUUUACUAUAAAUGUCAUUCAACAUUGCUUGUGCGCCGAACCAGCUCAGUGCAGGGAGCAGUCAUGACAAGUAGGAUUAGUGCUGACGUAUCGAGCGGACCAUGGAUGGCACGUAAUUCCAUGUUUUUUUUUCCGGAAUAGCACCCUGAUCAUCAUUAGGUGGAGUCUCCUAGGUUUGCGUCGUGCCUGUCGAAACCUGUGAGUCUUACCGCCGCCUGCACUUCCAUCUACCGAACAUGCUUAAACCCGUCACGGGUGCCGCACGAAUCAGGCGGACCAAUUUGGUCUGCUCGUCGGUAGAACGAGACAUGCUGGUUGAGUGUUUUUUUUAUGGCGGGAGGUCGGGCUGGCAUUGUGGUUUCCGACAAAGCUCCUCGGGGCACCACCGGAUGUGCGCACGUGUUGAGACCUGCUGUAGGAAUAUUCGCCGGAACCGUGCCCAGUGUGUUACUGUCAGCCUGCAUGCCUGCGGCCGUAUACCAUCCAUGGAAGUCUAUCUUUUGCAGUAUGUGCCUGUGGAUUUCAGUAAAUCGAGGCACUUUGCUUAACCAUUCACGACGCUAGGAUUUACACUUUUCUGACAAUAUAUAGUGAAGGAAAUGACGAGCCUAUUAACUUCAGUGGCGGGGAUGCCGUCUUGCCCUUCAUUUUAAAUAUUUUAUGCUUCUUUCCGGCAAAGGUUUUAACCUCUUGCCGGUAGUGGUUUCAUUUGAAUAUUGUGUCAGUCAGCGUCGAUAGUAUCCGACUUAAAUACUCCUUCCUGUUCAGGAUUACAACCCCGCCCCGGCUUUCUUUCUCAGAUUCUUCAAAGCCACCAGACGUCCAUUAGUCGACAGCGAGCACCUCUAGGGGAAGGGGGCAAUCCUGUUUGCUAUAAGAUCUCAGGGAAUUUGGCUUCCAAUCUGUUUCCGCUGUCUUGUGGUUUACUUGUUCUAUCCAAUCACGGGUCAUCCGAGUCAUCAAAUUGGCCUUCAAUUUUCUUCGCGGGUCUAUUUUUUUUCUUGUUCCCAUAUACAACUUGAAACCUAACGGGGGAACUUUGACCCAGGUCAGAAAUGUCUACACCGGUCCUCCGGGUUUGUCGGAGGGGAUCCAUCUAUUGUUAGCCUAUUAAACGAACUGUGAAGUUCGACACGGACCCGUAUCUGUCACUCUCUCUGAUUAUGGGUUCGAGCAUAUAUCUGAAACGUCGGACGAAUAAAACUCUUGUUCCAGCGAUCGCUUCUACUUCUUAUCAAAUAUAUUGCCCUUGCUUGCCAGGGGAACACUUAUUUUGCAAAUUGUGUGCAACAAGUCGGACUCGCCGAUUGAGUGCGCAUUUGUGACGGGAGGUGUAGUCACAUUCUGUCAUCUGUGCAUGGGCCAGAUGAUGUAGGCUCUUAAGUUUUGGGCGUGGUCAGUUUCGUCGACGUGUCUUGCUAAGAUACUGGGGGAGCAAGUAACCGCUCUGUCUGCAGAACUGGAGGAUUUCCAUUCUGGCUUCCGUUCUGACGAUCCUGUACAACUGGGUAAAGACCAUUUGCAUCUGACUAGGGGGUUAUGCUGUGCUAUUUUUCAAUUUUUUUCCUGAUUUGUUAUCUUUUCCCAUCUCGAAAAGACCAACCAGCAACCGAUGAGCAUUUGAAAAACCCUUUUUAUUGCACUCCAAUCACGACAUUGCACCGGAAGUGCCUAGGGCUAGCACAGCGCCAACCUCGCUCUGCCUUCCCGCACCCAUUCUUUUACCAUAGCAUGGACCGGACCAAAGGCACUGCGAAUGGUCUGGUGUCAGCGCUCUCCAGGCAUUUGUUCCCCAUCUCUCGCCUGCAGCACACUCGCUUAUCACUCAACUUACACGUUUCAGUAUUUACACCCUCGGGUGUCAUAGUUUGCCACCAAAGCCUGCCAGCUGGGAGCCUUCCGGGCCACGACGUUUAUGUCCAUCUGCACUUGAGUCGUACCUGUAUAACAACCCAUAAGUCUCUCUGCCAUCUGAGAAUUCGAUAACUUUUCUGCAAUACUACACUUCUCCGUCGCUCUUGGGGUGUGUGUGUUGAGUCCUUCAAUUCACACAAACAUUAAUUCAUCCGGAUGCAUGUCCUUCGAUCUCCAUCUGGUAUGAGACUACUGCACCCACCUAAUUCCGAGGUUAAACUCACAAAGCACGUGCUGACUGGCAAUAUGAGCACAUGCUUGGUGGAUUUUAUGUCACUACAUGACGCAACUGCGUUGUCUUUAUCUCAUCACUGGGUCUUCCGUCGUUCCCCAUGCGAUUUUCGGCAGAACUGGAGUUUGCGAAUUACAGGGCAAUGUUGGUGAACUCCUACCUAUGCCAAUUACUGUUGCUCUUACAUGUGUAUGCAUUACAUAACUUCGCUCAAGUUGCUAGUAUUCAUAUUAAACCUUGUAAAGAUUUUAGCCGAACCGUACAAGUGCUGCCCCGAUGACUUUGCCCCUUUUCUGCAUGUCCCUUUAGUGCCAACUUCUUGUUUUUAUGACAAACCAUUCUCGCGCCGUUUUGCCCCUACUCAAUCCCCAGGAGUGGCUAACCGUACUCACCAGCAAGGGCAACCGACUAUUCAUGUGUCAUUUUCAUUUUCGCAGGACUUUGUCGUGCAGGCCGUGCUCUGUUUCCUCAUGACGGUGUCGCUAAUUGUGGCCGCCGCAAGCUCAUAUCGGGGAGGUUCGGCGAUCGCUGCUGCCGUAAGUUGCCCUUUCUCCUUCUCCCCCAGUUUUCCUCCUCUCCCGCCUCAAAAAUCUACCCAAUCGGGAUCAGGGAAAAUACCAUCAUUGA